AUGCACGCAGGCAGGGCGAACUGGUGCAGGGCAGGGCAGGGCAGGGCAGGGCAGGGCAAGCAACACAGGGGCGGUGCAGCAGGGCAGGGCGAGCAACACAGGGGCGGUGCAGCAGGGCAGGGCAAGCAACACAGGGGCGGUGCAGCAGGGCAGGGCGAGCAACACAGGGGCGGUGCAGCAGGGCAGGGCAAGCAACACAGGGGCGGUGCAGCAGGGCAGGGCAAGCAACACAGGGGCGGUGCAGCAGGGCAGGGCAAGCAACACAGGGGCGGUGCAGCAGGGCAGGGCAAGCAACACAGGGGCGGUGCAGCAGGGCAGGGCGAGCAACACAGGGGCGGUGCAGCAGGGCAGGGCAAGCAACACAGGGGCGGUGCAGCAGGGCAGGGCAAGCAACACAGGGGCGGUGCAGCAGGGCAGGGCAAGCAACACAGGGGCGGUGCAGCAGGGCAGGGCAAGCAACACAGGGGCGGUGCAGCAGGGCAGGGCAAGCAACACAGGGGCGGUGCAGCAGGGCAGGGCGAGCAACACAGGGGCGGUGCAGCAGGGCAGGGCAAGCAACACAGGGGCGGUGCAGCAGGGCAGGGCGAGCAACACAGGGGCGGUGCAGCAGGGCAGGGCAAGCAACACAGGGGCGGUGCAGCAGGGCAGGGCGAGCAACACAGGGGCGGUGCAGCAGGGCAGGGCAAGCAACACAGGGGCGGUGCAGCAGGGCAGGGCAAGCAACACAGGGGCGGUGCAGCAGGGCAGGGCAAGCAACACAGGGGCGGUGCAGCAGGGCAGGGCAAGCAACACAGGGGCGGUGCAGCAGGGCAGGGCGAGCAACACAGGGGCGGUGCAGCAGGGCAGGGCAAGCAACACAGGGGCGGUGCAGCAGGGCAGGGCGAGCAACACAGGGGCGGUGCAGCAGGGCAGGGCAAGCAACACAGGGGCGGUGCAGCAGGGCAGGGCGAGCAACACAGGGGCGGUGCAGCAGGGCAGGGCAAGCAACACAGGGGCGGUGCAGCAGGGCAGGGCAAGCAACACAGGGGCGGUGCAGCAGGGCAGGGCAAGCAACACAGGGGCGGUGCAGCAGGGCAGGGCAAGCAACACAGGGGCGGUGCAGCAGGGCAGGGCGAGCAACACAGGGGCGGUGCAGCAGGGCAGGGCAAGCAACACAGGGGCGGUGCAGCAGGGCAGGGCGAGCAACACAGGGGCGGUGCAGCAGGGCAGGGCAAGCAACACAGGGGCGGUGCAGCAGGGCAGGGCGAGCAACACAGGGGCGGUGCAGCAGGGCAGGGCAAGCAACACAGGGGCGGUGCAGCAGGGCAGGGCAAGCAACACAGGGGCGGUGCAGCAGGGCAGGGCAAGCAACACAGGGGCGGUGCAGCAGGGCAGGGCAGGGCGUACCGGGGCAUAUGCGCGCAGGCAGGGCUCCCGCCCCACUCCGCUCCACCUUACCGCGACCCCGACUCCUUCCGCCGUAGCCCCUUCCGCGUCCCCUUCGCCGCGCGGGGAAUGCGAUCUCCUGCGCGAUGGCUCUUAGUCGCAUCGUCGCCUCCUCAAUGGUCAGCAAAUGCGGCUGCGCACAGUCUCCUCUCGCCCCGUCUCCGUCUCCUCUCGGCCCGUCUCCGCUCUCCUCCCGCUCUUCCUGCCCUUUCUUCUGCGUCUCUCGCUCUCCACCUUCGCUUCCACUCGUCUCGCUCUGCUUGGCUUCACCGUUAA